AUGCAUACUAUCUACCUGGCAACUCUGGCGCUCGCCAGCCGCGCCCUCGCUCACGGCGGCGACCACAGCCAGAAGCCCAUCGUAGACGACAACGCCGACUGGAUGACCAAGCACAUGGCUGAGGAGCACCACAUGGAGGGCUGGGACGCCGCAUCCUUCUUCACCCUACACGAUUACAAUAGCGACGGCGUUUGGCAAGGCGACGAGAUCCUCCGCACAUACGGCCUCUUCGAUGAGUCGAACCGCCACGUCUCCGAGGAGAAGCGCUUCGACAUACUCCACAACCUCAUGGAACUGUUGGACGCCAACCAUGACGGUCAUGUCGAUCGCGACGAGUGGAACGACUUCAUCCAUAGCGGCAAGACGCUUCCGGAUGUGGGCAUGGGCCCGGGACAUCACGGUGAUGACGAGUACGAGUACGAGAUCCACCAUUGGGAGAAGUACCAUGACGAGAACACCAAGCUCGAAGAUCUGACGCACCCCGAGGACAUUGAGCACUUCAAGAAGCACGAGCAAAUGGAGGACGAGCAGGAGAGGUUAGAGCAGCUCGAUCAUAUGGCCGUCGUGGAGGACAACAUCCCGCAAAUGUUUCGGCGAUCAUAG